CCCGGCGAGCGACUCGGGGACGGCGGAGCAGCGGCCGUGUCUCCUUUCUAUCGCGGCGCGGCGGCGGGGAACAUGGUCGCUCAUCCCGAUUUAGUGCAUCACUAGAAACCGCGUCCGGGGGGUCAAAGAGGAGCAGUUCGGCCAUCAACUUGCCAUCAGAUCAGUCAUCAUCCAGUCAUCCGUCAUCCACGUCGGGGGGGAGAUGCUGCCGUCUCCGUGUCCCUCUUCGCCCACGGCGGUGACCCACGGCCAAGGGGGGGAGGAGGAGGAUGAUGAAGCCCGAAGAGUGAGCACCGAGUACAAGAGGCUGACCGAGGAGCGGGACGAAGCCGAGAGGCAGCUGAAGCACAUCAAGCGCGUGUCCCAGAUGGUGAUCGAGGAGGUCAGCGCUCUGCAGACCCAGCUGGAGAUUGAGAAGUCGUGCAGGGAGAACGCGGAAGCUCUGGCCACCAAGCUGAACUGCGAGAACAAGAAGCUGAAAUAUUUGAGCUUGACGUCACGGCCCUGUCUGGACGAGCUGCUGCCCAGUAUCUCCGACUGCAUCGCCCUGGAGGAGGAGGCGGAGCCCCAGGACACGAGUCCGGACCCGUACGCCCAGUACCAGCAGCAGGUCAAAGACCUCCAGGAGACGGUUAACGCACUGCUGGAUGAGAAGAAGCAGCUGGUCUGUCAGCUGAAGGAGCAGCAGAGGCAGGUCGAGGAGCUCAAUGGACGCAGUGAGAAGGACCACAGCGAGAUCAAGGAGCUCUACAGGACCAUUGAGCAGCAGAACCAGACCAUCAAGAAGUUCAAUCGAGUGUCAGUGAUGGCCGCGCAGGAGUACGAGGGCCUCAAGGAGCAGCUGGAGCUGGAGCAGAACCUGCGGCAGAAAGCCGAGUGUUUCGCCCAUGAGAUGAUGGUGAAGCAGAAGGAGGCGAACCGGCAGAGCACGGUGCUGCUGCAGCAGUCGGAGCCGAGCCUGCAGCUGCUGAAAGCCCUCGAGGACCUGGCGCACGUCACCAAGACGCUGGAGCAGGAGCGUCUGCAGCACCAGCGGGAGGUGAAGGCCCUGGAGACGGCCCUGCAGGAGAGCGCCCUCCACAGGCAGCUGGAGGAACUGCAGAAGCAGAUGGAGCUGCUGGAGGAGGAGAAGCGGGAGGUGGAGGGUCGCCUGCAGGAUGUGGAGAAGCACAACGGCACCUUGGAGACCAGAGUGCAAGAACUGCUGGAGGCCCAGAAGAAGAGCAGUGCCGCACUUGGCCCGGCACCCGGCACGGCCCCUCCCCCCGCCCCGCCGCCACAGCCACCUCCCCCGCCCCCUCCGCCUCCGCCUCCUCCCCCGCCCCCUCCGCCCUCGCGCUGCAACCCCCUCAGUUCCUUGAUUGCCAUAAUGAGAAAGUCCUCCAAAAGCACUAAGGGUGCCGCGAAGCUCGAACAGACCCCAGUGAACGCCGGUGUGGACGACGUGAAGGUGAAGGCUGUCAACGAGAUGAUGGAGAGGAUCAAGCAUGGGGUCGUGCUGAGGCCCGUCAAGGGGCAGGACACCAAGCCGCCCCCCGCCAGCGAUGACAAGCAGCAGGAGAGCGCAAUGGAGGAGCUCAAGGGCAUCCUGGAAACGGUGAAGAGGAGUCCGAGCCGCGGGUUCCCGGAGCCCGUGCCGGGGAAGAAGGACAGCGAGCUGGAGGUGAUUCUGAGGAGGAGGCGCAAGCAGGCCUGUGACCCUGCAUCCGGAGACGAGAAGGAGGAGCCAAUCAGCAAGGUGUCCUCCUCCGAGAGUCUCCACGCGCGACGGAGCGCCGACUCCACCGGGACCGAAUCCGCCGUUCUCCGGCGAAGCUCCGACUGCGGGAAGGGGGCGCGGGGGUCUCGGCCGGGGAGCAGCGCUCGGAACUCCUUGUCCGACCGAGAUGCCCCUGAGGUGCUCGUCAACGGCUGCUGCGACAGCACGGAGGAGGAGCAGAGGAAAUGGGAAUCCGGUGGAGCGGCGCGCACCAUCCUGGGCCCGGACAAGGAGGGCAGCCUCGGCGAAGGCUCACCGGACGGCCCCGGCUCGCUGAACGGGGCCGCUGACGCCGAGUGUUAGCGUCAGACCCGGGGGGGAGGGGUGGUCACCGGGGGGGCGCUGGUGGGCAGGGCGAAAGGAAGGCUGCACUUUUUUUGCACAGAAUUCGGAGUCGUUUUGUACCUUUAGACACACAGUUUGAAGAGCUUUAGUGUCCCUGCGCUCGCGUGGCUCUGUGUCCCAGCAAGGAAUGAUGCACUAUUGUCUCGUUUAGUAUGCAACACUAUAGGUUUAUUUGUCCCUAUUCUCUCUUGUUAGGACAAAUAGAAAAUUUCAGCACUGACCCAUUCACAUUUAAGAAUUUAUCCACUGAUUAUAUUUGAGGGUUUCUAAAUUCUGGCUUUUCAUCAGAUUAUUAUUAUUAUUAUUAUUCUUAUUAUUAUUAUUAUUGCUGUUAUUGACAUAUGGCCUUGAGUUGUAAUUAUAUCACUGCAACGUAUUAAUGCCUUCUUGAACACUCUGAUCGUCUGUAAAAGGAUUUCUUUUCACUAUUUCCUCCCGGAAUCCACAAUCCCAUUUCUGCCACCAAUGACAACGGGAGGCCGUUUCCAAAUGUAAAUGCACACUGGCCGACAGGGUUCGGGGGGGCACGCGAAGGCGCUGUGUCCGGUGCGCACGGUGCUCACGUGUUCCCGUCUGCGUUUGCGCCAUCCGGUGUCGACCGAUGUAGCGAAGCGAAACAAUGCGGGAAAAAACCAUAGUGGCUGUUUCAGUACACCCGGGGAAAAAAGUGCUAAUUAAAUUGAGCCUACCUCCAAACAGACACUGUCACCUCGUAGUUAUCGAGAACUGUAGGUCACCUGUCACCUGUCCAAGGGAAACACCUCGCAGGAAUGGUCACAAGAGCUAGAAAACACGUCUUCCUCCUUUCCCUCCACGGGGACUUGCACUUCGGUGGUCGCGUGACAAUUUCAGGUGCUGAGCGUCCGCUGCGAUAUUCUCACCUGCGCCGCGGAGACAAAGGCGCUCUAUCCGACCUCCUGCUCCCGGCCACGCGAUGCGUAAAACAGGGCCGCGUCUCCCGGGGAGCCGAUGCAAUAUGCUGCGUCACGCUGCGUCGCGCUGCGGAGUUGACGGGGCGGCACCGCGCCGCCUCUGCACUUGAACCUGCGGUGCUGCUGGGUGAUUGUCGUCCAUCUUAUUGCCUUGGAGUGCGGGGACUGACAAGUGCAGCGAGAUCUCGUAUUCUCUUUGCAAUAAAAGCGAGUAGUCUUUGCCUAACCGUGACACCAUGUACUAUAGCUGCAUACACCUCUGACCCCAAUGCAAGCGAACCGAGGAGCGUGCGACUGAGUCCGACGCCACGGCCUCUUCGUGGCUCGUGCUCACACGAGCCGGCGGACUUUGGGCUACGAGUCUCAUCCGCACCCUCGGUCCGGCAGAGUCGUUCUGCGGGGGAGGGCCGCGCUUCCGGGUAAAGGCGCGGGGAACGGCUCCCGGCCCGUCGUCCCUCGUGGAAACGCUCCGUGUGUGCGUCAGGAUGCCACCUGACUCUUGACUCGCGAUGACCGAAACGCGCGACCUUUGCCGAACGCACCUUUUUCGUCGCCACCCAUCUGUUCGCCGUUGACACUAUUGUACGGAUCUGUCUGUGUGAGCGUUCUUGUUCCUUUAAUAAAGUGUGUGCAUAAUAUGGAAAAAAACACGACUGUCCUUCACUUAAGCUGAUGAAGCUUUUCACACCUCCCAUAUUCACCAGGUAUUGUUUUUUUUCAUUGGUGCAAAUAAAGGUUUGGCCAGUCCAACAACGCGCCGCGCUCUGCUGGUACCUGCCUCGGGUUCGCGG